AUGGAUUCCCCCGCAAAUAUAGGGGAUAGUACAACGCUAUCUAUUCAACAAAAGUUGUCAAGCACACACAUUGAUGGAAUUCUUGAUACCCUGGUCACUUCGGCGGUAUAUUCUGGAGUAAAAGUGAUACAAUUGCUGAUAAAAGUCACCGAGGAUACAAACUCUACCCCUGAAAAGAGCAAAGAAGAAAUCAUUGUGCUAAGGAGAGUACAAGACUCAUUUAUCAAUGCUAGUCAACUUCUCAAAAUACUUGUGAGACUCCAUAUUGUCACCCCAAUUCAAGUGAAAAACUACUUAAACAAUGAAGUCUUGUCUAAUUUGGAGUACUUUGGUAACCCAGUUUCGAAAGAUAAUUUACAAGUCUUAGAUUACUCCAAGCAUGAAAAUAAGUCCCUUCGUGGAAUUUGGGUUCCGUAUAACAAGGGAGUCAAAAUUGCUUUGGACUUUGAUGUUUAUGACAUGACGAAAGCCUUGUUUCUUGUUGAUGUUCAUGACUUCGAAACGCUUCCCAAAUAUAAGAAGAGAGCUUUGGAUGGCGAGGAUAUCUCAAACAACGAGAUACAAGGGUCCCCUUCGAAGAGACAGAAAAUUGACGGUAGUUCCAACAAGACCAUAGGCACGGAGCAGUCUCAAUUGAAUGAACAGGAAGCUACUUCAAAUUAUCCUUAUACUCUCCCCCCGGUCAUAUUAGAGGAUAAAAAAGUAGACCUUGCAAAUGACAUAAAGAGAAUUCUUGGAGAAGUGUUUAAAAAAGACGACCAGUCAGACAACGGAGUUUCAGUUGAAGAUGUUAGCAACGAGUUUGAGUCGAUUUUCAAAUCCUAUGCAAAGGAAGACAUCAAAGAUAUACCUUUGGAUCAAAAGGGACAAACUGCGUUACAUUUUGCGUCAACAUUGGCAUCAUCAAACCUUGUCUCUAGCUUUAUUCAAUUGGGUCUCAAUUCACCAAUACGGGGUAAUGUUGAUGGUGAGUCGCCAUUGAUUGCGUGUAUCCAAGUGACAAAUGCUAUGGAAAAGGGUAACUUCAAGGAAUUAUUGACACAAUGGUUGUAUCCUGAUAUCUGGCUACUAGAUAGAAAAAACCAAACCGUGUUGCACCACAUUGUCCUUCAAUCGGGCAAAAAUGAGAGUUACAAGUUUUACAUGACAAAAUUAUUGGAGUAUGUGUUGUUAAACGGUGAUAAGAAGCUUUUAGAUUUUAAAAAAACCAUUUUAAAUGCACAAGAUAUCAAUGGUAACACAGUCUUACACAUUGCAAUUGAAAAGGAGAAUCGUUGGCUUACAAAACUUUUAAUAGAAUUUGGUGCUGAUGUAAGCAUAGCUAACAAGCUUGGAAUUAAAUGUCAAGAUUUCGAAUUAUUAAAUGAUUUGUCCGAGGCAGAUGUUGAGGACCAUAUUUUCGAGUUGAUCAAGACUAGUAAUGAGUUUGUCGAAGAACGCGUGAAAACUGUGGGGAUAGAGCAUAUUCUGGAUUUAGAGCAAACUAAAGAUGUUAAGUCUUCUGUUACCAUUGAAUUCCCUCCAACGACUCCAAUUGUUUCUGAUAAAAUAUUCCACAGCAUUCAUCAAUUAUUAUCUGAUACCAGUCUUGAGUACACUAACAUCUUGAAUUCAAAGCGUGAUCAAAUUAGAGUUUUAGAUCAGGCUCUACAUGAUGCAACUAUUGUCGCCGCAAACAAUCGUUUCCAAACAAAGAAAUUGACUGAGAAUUUGGAAAAGUUGGAUACUUUCAAAUUACAAGCUGCAAACGUGGCGGAUAAAUUAAUUCUAUCCGAGCAAGAAGUAGCUGCUGAAAAUGAAGUUAAAUUUGACGAAAACCAACAAUACGACGCUGACGAACCAUUUGUCAUCCCACAACUUUUCAAUAGAUUAUCAAACAACGAGCCCGUUGAUGAUCUCAAAAACGACGAGAAUUUCCUCAGGCAACUACCUCCAACUAGAAUUCUCAAGGCAAGACUAAAUGCUUAUAGACAAAUAAAUUCAAAGCUAGAAGACGAAUUAAAGAGCUUGGUGGAUUACAGUGAAUUGACAUCGAAGUUCAAGAAUGUUGUUAGUAUAUGUACAAAUGUUGGUAUUGAUGAGGUUGACGAGCUUUUGGAUGGUUUGCUUGAAGCUAUUGAGAAUUAG